AAAAUUAUCAAUAAAAAUGAACCUCCCCUCCUCACGUUCCUCGAUCUGCUAUAUUUAGGGAAUCCAUUAUCUGCAAUUUGAAUUAAUUUCCGAUUUUAGUAUGAAUUCAUUGAUGGUUCGUUAAUUAGUUUCUUCUGCAUGAGGGAAAAAACAAAACCCACAAAUCGUUCUUCCUUGUCUUUUUCUCUCUCUCUCUCUCUCGGUUUCUUGUCUGAAUCAGAGCUGUGAAGAUAUGGAAAGGACAGAAUCUGCAGCGAUUCUGAUCAAAAUCUCGUGAUAGUAUCAUUCCUAUGUACAAGUUCAUCUUCUGUUUCUAGGUUUCUUGCGACGCAAGAAAAGGGGGACGAAAGAAAAUGGAGAAGAAGGGCGUGGUGUUGAUGCAGAGGUACGAGCUGGGGAGACUCCUAGGUCAAGGCACCUUCGCCAAAGUCUACCACGCGCGAAACCUCCAGACCGGACAGAGCGUGGCCAUCAAAGUGAUCGACAAACAGAAAGUCAUGAAAGUCGGUCUGAUCGAUCAGAUCAAGAGGGAGAUCUCCGUCAUGCGUCUGGUCAGGCACCCCAACGUCGUUCUUCUCCACGAGGUCAUGGCCAGCAGAUCAAAGAUCUACUUCGCCAUGGAAUACGUCAAAGGCGGCGAGCUUUUCAACAGGGUUUCCAAAGGGAAGCUGAAAGAAGACGUUGCCAGGAAAUAUUUCCAGCAGCUGGUCGGAGCCAUUGAUUAUUGCCAUAGCCGAGGAGUUUACCACCGAGAUCUUAAGCCGGAGAAUCUUCUUCUGGACGAGAACGGCGAUCUCAAGAUCUCGGAUUUCGGGCUGAGUGCGUUGAUAGAGUCGAGAAAACAAGACGGGCUGCUUCACACGACGUGCGGGACGCCGGCUUAUGUCGCGCCUGAAGUGCUGUGCAAGAGAGGAUACGACGGGACUAAAGCCGACGUCUGGUCCUGCGGGGUUGUUCUGUACGUUCUCCUGGCCGGUUUUCUUCCGUUCCAUGAAUCGAAUCUCGUGGAAAUGUAUCGGAAGAUAUCGAGAGGCGAGUUCAGGUGCCCUAACUGGUUCCCGCCCGAGGUCAAGAAACUUCUCUCCAGGAUUCUUGAUCCAAGCCCAAUCACCAGAAUCACCCUCGAGAAGAUUAUGGACAAUUCUUGGUUCAAGAAGGGUUUCAAGAAGAUCGAAAGCCCGAGAACUCCGAGAUGCCAUCAGAUCGAAACGUUCAUCAGCGACGUCCAUAAACCGGAAGACGAUAACUUUUCAGACAGCAGUUACAGCCACAGUAACAGCAACGGUUCAUCAUCUGAGAAAGACCCUCCAUCCGAAGGCAACGAGACAAGCCCUGUAAUACAGCCGACAUGUUACAACGCGUUCGACAUAAUCUCGUCGUUGUCCCCAGGGUUCGAUCUAUCGGGCCUGUUCGAGAAGGACAAGAGCCAGAAAUCGAAGUCGAGGUUCACGACCACGAAGCCCGCGAAGGAGAUAGUGUCCAAAUUCCAGGAAAUAGCGGCGAGCGAGCGAUUCAGCCUGAAGAAGAGCAGUAUGGGGGCGGUGAAAAUGGAAGAUAGCCGAGAAGGAAGAAAAGGGCAAUUGGCGAUAGACGUGGAGAUAUUCGAAGUGACGAAAUCGUUCUACAUGGUGGAGAUGAAGAAGAGUGCAGGCGACACAAUGGAGUAUAUGCAGUUCUAUGAUCAAGAACUCAAGCCUUCGUUGAAAGACAUCGUCUGGAAAUGGCAAGGGAGCAAUGGAACAGAGAUAUCCUGAACUAAUAAUCAUCGGAGAAAAAAAAACAAAAAAAAAAGCUGUCGUUCUGACCAUUUUUCAUUGCAGUUCUUCGUUUCGGUUACUGGCAAGUUGCAAUAAAAGAUCAAGAAGGAUGAAGAAAAAGCUGGUCGAUGCAAAAAGUUCGCAUCUUUCUCUUAGAUACGAUUCGUGUUUUUUUUUUAAUUUACGCUUCUUUCCAAUCAUCAUCUGUCAGAUCCAUCUGAAAGGUGAUUAGUGUCUUCAUCAUUCAACCUUUUUUUUUAUUCUUCUCA